GUGUGUUUUGGACUUUGAUAUAAAAUACAAGAAACGUCUUUCUUUACAUGUAAAGCUGGUAAUAUCUUUGGACGGCCUUAUUUAUUGAGCUACGCUCGACGUUAUUAACACUCCGCAAUGUUUACAAGGGGCUGUUUCUACAAAUCCAGACAGGCUUAUCAGAUUCUAAGAAUGGGGAACUUCUCGUCAUCUGCGCCUGGGUUGUCAAGCUCAGCUUGUGGUCAGUUUGUGCAGGAUAUUGUGUCCAGUAACUGUGUUGUAAUAUUCUCCAAAACCACAUGUCCUUACUGUAAGAUGGCAAAGGGUGUCUUUAAUGAGAUUGGAGCUACGUAUAAAGUUGUUGAAUUGGAUGAGCACAAUGAUGGUCGACGUCUCCAGGAGACUUUAGCGGAACUGACAGGUGCCAGAACAGUGCCAAGAGUCUUUAUUAAUGGACAGUGCAUUGGAGGAGGCUCGGAUACAAAACAGCUCCACCAGCAAGGAAAACUUCUGCCUCUUAUUGAACAAUGUAGGCCUUGCUGUUUAAAUAUGGCACCUGAGGGCUCUGGAAAUGGUCAAAAUCAACCUCAUCAGUGAUGCUUGUCUUCGUACUGUGCAUUUAUAUUUCUUGGUCACCUUUGAACAGCCUAAAUACAAAUUAAAUGGUUUAAAUGUAUAUGCUGCUGUAUGGAAAAAAUACCUGCCUGAUUUAAUGACAAUUAAUGAGUAUUGUUUUAGAAUAUUCCUGAGCAUUUUGUUUUCAUGUAAAAUGUAACCCCAGAUAACGAAAGUGUUUUUACUUUUUAUGUUACAAACCCCCAGUAUUUAUGUAUAUACAUAUUUUAAAAUAUUAAUGUCAAAAAUGUAAAUUGUUUUGUUUGUCCUGAUUGUAAAUCCUCAAACUCCAGCUUGAUUUAUAUAAAACCCUAUUUUUUACAUCAUUUAAAAAAUUGUUUUGUACUUCUGCCUCUUAUUGCCUUCUAGACAUGGUCAAAGUCAACCUACUCAGAGAUACUUUAGCAAUACUUCAGUAUAAAAUAGAGAUAAUAUAUUUGUGUCUUAAAAUGUAUACUAAGCUGCUGUCUGGAAAAAAAAGACGAUAACAAUUUAACGACAAUGCUAUUACUAUUGAUAUUUCAAUGCACUGUAUGUUUUCCUGUAAAAUGUAAUAGGCCUACCAAUUUAUGACACAUGUUUUAAUUACAUUUUUAAGUGACAAAACUACAGUAGUUAUGCUGUAUGAGCAAAUCCAUGCCAACAUCAACCUUGCCAUGAGAAAAAAAAAAAAAAAGUUUUCACCAACUUUUUUUUAGGUUUUUUUGUUUAGGCU